AUGUAUGGGGCACAACGCCGCCCUAGCGGUGCUCCUCCCAGUACCUUCCCAAAUCAAGACAAUCAGCCAACAAACGACUCAAACUCGAAUCCAUACCAGUUUGGUUCCCCAGGCCAUGACUCAAACCUGAAUCAAUACCAGUUACCGCCUCUGCUGACUCCAGGAACCCCGCUAUUGAAUGCUGGUGGUCAUGCGCUGCCACAGGUGGAUGAGUUUUUCAGUAGACCGCCUCAGGCUGAAGCUGCCAAGCCGCCGGCGCAGGAGUAUCGAACACCAUCCCAUAGUAUAAUGCGUCCCCCUAGCGUAUCGCAAAAUUUAGCCACUCCGUCAUUUCAGGGCGGGACACCAUACCUGGGACACAACUCUCGCACUCCGUUCUUGGGAAGUGAGUCCUCUGGGUCUCGUGCACCCUCUCUUGGACCUGGAGGCGACUACGGUCAGCUUUUGGGUCCUGCACAUCAUCAGCCCCAUAUGAUGCUGCACCUAGGCUUCAAUCACAGACCUCUUUAUCAUGAUUCUGCGGGGUACGAGCUUCAGAACUCGGUUUCAAACCUCGCUGCUAGGAUGGGAAAUUUAGAAGAAGCAAAUCAGCAAUUAUAUCAGCACAUGAUGGCAGAGAAUGAGAAACUUACCAGGGAGCUAGAAUCGACAGUGACUUUGGUCAAAACCCUCCAGACGGAGAUAGCCCAGAUAACGAUGGAACCAAACCAGGCACCGACGGGGAAAAAAAAACUCAACCUCACCAAAUUGAAGUGUAUCAAGUUGCUUUGCGAUGUCAAACCGUUGGAGACCGGCAAACCAUUCGAAACGGACGAGGACGGCAGGAAGAUUUGGUUUCCGAAGUGGCAAGCUAACAUAGACGAUGAUGACCUUUGUGACAAAAACGGAAAGGGAGAAAUCCCAGAUAGCACCUACGAAACUGGAAUCAUUAGCGAGUGCGCCAAAGCAUAUUUUCGAAACAUACACAAGCAAUACAAGGAGCUCAACAACGCAGAGUUGGGACUGAAGGCUUUGGCACGGAAAACUAAUAGCAAACACUGUUCCCGUCGGCAAGCGCUGACGCACCUUAGGCUACAAACUGCCGUCGAAAGGCCUGCAAAAGUAUAUGAAAAUGAGACAGGGAUCCAGGGGGUGAUGGUGAUCCUGGACACUGAUUUUGCGUUGGAUAUACUAUCUUAUGCGUCUGAUCAAGAACUUAGCAAGGACAUGCUGGAGAGAAGGAAGGAGGCGGGUGUUGGCGAAGGCGCUGAUAUGGUGGCAGGUUUGCAGUGGAGGAGCCCUGAUUUUGUUGCGUUUGGACGCUGGCUCACUUUGAAGAACAAGAGAGAUCCUGACAAUGCCAACACGAAUGAGCCAGCAUCGAAGCGCCGCAAGGUCGUAAAAAAGAAACUCACCAAGAACACCUUUGACCUCGCACCAAGUAAGAUGAGCAAAGACCCUCCAUUCGCCAGCAAGAAGACCGUGCCUUUCAAGUUGAUGAUCACCAAAUCCUGGAUGGAGAAAUACCCAGAUACGGUAUUCCUUGAAGGCGGGGAGUGGUUGGAUGGUUUCUAUGAGAAACACAAGGACAAGCAUGAGGACUUCUAUAAGCAAGACCUGGUGUUCUUGAAGGAGUUGAAUGAGUGGCACGAACACGGGGAUUUGAGUUCUGAAGACGAGCAAACUGGCGCUGACAAAUGA